ACCGCCCACCCCGCACCACGCGACGCUCCAUCUCCCCCGCCCACGCCGCCUUGAUCGCUCCUCCGAUUCCUCCCCCCAGGUCUAGGCCGGCGCCGCCUUCUUCCCCUAUGCUGCGCCGCCGCUGCCUGGUUCCAGAUCUAAAGCUUGGAUUUUGCGCGGCAGACCAACGACGCAUCCAUCCCCAAGUGCCCCUGGCCAUGGCGGCCGUCGUUCAUGUCCACCUCCACUACCAUUAACUCCCCCCUCCUCCGUCCGUCGCCUCGCCGACCCGACCUCUUCACCUCGCCAUGGCGCUCCCCACACCCCGCGCUCCUGCCUGCCCGCCUCCGCGCCCCCUCCCCGCCUGCACCUGCCCCCUCGCCGUCACUAGCACAGAUGAGUGGGAGGCAAAUGAGGAGUUUGUGGUGGCCACAUACCAGCUGGUGCCCGUCGACGACCCCCGCGCACAACUCCACUUCCUGCAGGCUUCUCCAGCAUUAACCGGGCAUGCUCUCCAGUAUGAACAAUCACUUAUUCAGUGGCGUAGGUGGGUGGUGGCGCUGAGCCCGACAAUGGAUGCACUGGUCGCUCCCGUGCGUGGUGGUGGGGGAGGUGCGCAGGUGGGCGACGGUGGUCGAGCUGCGCAGGUGGUCGGUGGUGAUCGCCUCCGUGGUGGCGGUGCAGGGGGGGGCGUCCAAACAAACUAUCUGUACCACGUGACCAGGUACAGAAAGUUCAAACCCCGAUGCUCCUUCCAGCUCUGGGUGGCUGGGUAUUCUUCCAAGCUCCCAUCCAUGGCUUCUCUCGUCUUCCUCCUCCUAUUCGGCCAAAUCCUACUCUGCACAGCCGUGGACACCAUCACCUCCACCACACCGUUGUCCGGGUCACAGCAGAUUGUGUCCCAGGGCAGCAAGUUCACCUUGGGCUUCUACUCCCCACCGCAAGGUAACACCACCUCUAGCAAUUACUACAUAGCCAUAUGGUACAGCAACAUACCACUGGUGACCACGGUGUGGACGGCAACCACCGAUGUGCCAGUGUCUGACCCGACCACCGCCUCCUUGGAGAUCGCCAGCGACGGCAACCUUGUCCUCCUUGAUCAAGCCAAGAACCAGCUGCUAUGGUCGACCAAUGAAAGUAUAGCCUCCAACUCCACCAUGGCCACCAUCAGAGAUAGCGGUAGCCUCGACCUCACUGACGCCUCGAAUUCAUCGAUAGUUUACUGGCGAAGCAUAGACCAUCCAACAAACACCUGGCUUCCAGGGGGAAAACUCGGGCGGAAUAAGAUCACCAGUGUGAGCCAGAGGCUUGUUGCUUGGAAGAACAUGGCAGACCCGUCUCCAGGGUUGUUCACGCUGGAGCUGGACCCAAAUGGCACACCACAGUUUUUCAGCCAGUGGAAUUCGUCCAUAACCUACUGGUCCAGCGGCCCUUGGAAUGGCUAUAACUUCAGCUUUUCACCGGAGAUGACAACCACUUACGCAUACGAAUCCCGAUUCAUCAGCUAUCUGUUCUACUCGCUCAAGGAUGUCUCAGUUGUCUCGCGGUUCAUCAUUGACGUCGGCGGACAGAUCAAGCAGCUGAGAUGGUUGGGAUACUCACAGCAGUGGGUCGUGUUCUGGUCCCAGCCACGGUCACAGUGUGAGGUGUAUGCGCUCUGUGGGGCAUACGGCAGCUGCAACCUCAAUGCCCUGCCGUACUGCAACUGUGUCCAGGGGUUCAGCCAGAAGGUUCAGAGUGACUGGGACCUCCAAGAUUACAGUGGUGGGUGCAAGAGGAAUACACCAUUGCAGUGCCAGACCAACUCAACUUCUGCACAGGCUCCAUCUGAUAAGUUCCAUGUCAUGGAAGAUGUGCGCCUACCUGAUAAUGCUCAGGAUGCAGUGGCUACAAGCUCUCAGGAAUGUGAGGUGGUUUGUCUUAAUAGUUGCUUUUGCACUGCUUACACUUACAAUUACACUGGGUGCUUUGUUUGGCAUGGGGACCUGAUUACUCUCCAAGAUCAGUACAGGGGAAUUGGAGGAGGCACACUCCUCCUCAGGCUAGCAGCAUCCGAGCUACCAGAUCAGCAAAGGAAGAAAACAACGAUCAUUGGCUCAGUUGUUGGCGGACUUGCUGCAGUUUUGAUAAUCCUUGCAGUUGUGUUGUUCUUCAUAUCUCAGAAGUUCCGCCGAGACAGAACUCUUCGGAUAUCCGGAAAUGCUGGGGGUGCACUGACUGACUUCAAGUACAGUGAUUUGUUAAAUGAUAUUCAAAGCAUCGACUCUCUUCUUCUCGAUCUAUCAACACUAAGAGUGGCUACAAAUGACUUCAGCGAAGGAAAUAUGCUUGGUAAAGGAGGUUUUGGGAUGGUUCAUAAGGGAGUCCUACCUGACGGUAAACAAAUAGCAAUAAAAAGGCUAUGUAAGAGUUCCAGACAAGGAAUAGGGGAACUGAAAAGUGAACUAGUCCUGGUUGCUAAGCUUCGCCACAGGGACAGUGGUAGCCUCGAGCUCAUUGAUGCCUCCAAUUCAUCGAUAGUUUACUGGCAAAGCAUAGACCAUCCAACAAACACCUUGCUUCCAGGGGUAAAGCUCGGGCUGAACAAAAUCACUGGUGUUAGCCAGAGGCUUGUUGCUUGGAAGAGUGAGGCAGAUCCAUCUCCUGGGUUGUUCUCGCUGGAGCAUGACCCAAACGGCACACCACUUUAUUUCGCGCAGUGGAAUGAUUCCAUAAGCUACUGGGCUAGUACCCCUUGGGACUUCGAUCUCCCGGGGAUGGUGGCCUUGCGAUUCGUCAACAGCUCCACAGAAAGUUACCUCUUGUACUCGACGAAAGACGACUCGGUCAUCACACACAUCAUCAUCGACAUUAGCGGGCAGCUCAGGUUGUUGACAUGGCUGGAUUCCUCACAGCAGUGGAUAUUGAUCUGGACCCAGCCACAGACGGAGUGUGAGGUGUAUGCGCGCUGUGGGGCAUACGGCAGCUGCAACCUCAAUGCCCUGCCGUUCUGCAACUGUGUCAAGGGGUUCAGCCAGAAGAUUCAGAAUGACUGGGACCUUGACGAUUACAGUGGUGGGUGCAAGAGGAACACACCAUUGCAGUGCCAGACCCACUCGACUUCUGCACAUUCUCGGUCUGAUAAGUUCUAUGCCAUGGAAGAUGUGAGGGUACCUGCUAAUGCUCGGGGUGCAGUGGCAACAAGCUCUCAGGAAUGUCAGGUGGCUUGUCUGAAAAAUUGCUCCUGCUCUGCUUACACUUACAAUUACACUGGGUGCUUUGUUUGGCAUGGGGACCUGCAGGUUAACCUCGGAGAAGGAUACAGCAAAUUUUUUGGAGAUGGCACAUUCUUCCUCAGGCUUGCAGCAUCCGAGCUACCAGAUCAGCAAAGGAAGAAAACAACGAUCAUUGGCUCAGUUAUUGGUGGAGUUGCUGCAUUUUUUAUAAUCCUUGCAAUUGUGUUGUUCUUUCUAUCUCGGACGUGCCGCCGAGACAGGACUUUUUGGAUAUCCAAGACUGCUGGGGCCGCACUGACUGACUUCAGAUACAGUGAUCUGCUGGAUGAUAUUCAAAGCAUUGAUUCACUUCUUCUCGAUCUGUUAACUCUAAGAGUGGCUACAAAUGACUUUGGCGAAGGAACUAUGCUUGGUAAAGGAGGUUUUGGAAUGGUUCAUAAGGGAGUCCUACCUGACGGUAAACAAAUAGCAGUAAAAAGGCUAUCUCACAGUUCCAGACAAGGAAUAGGUGAACUGAAAAGUGAACUAGUCCUUGUUGCUAAGCUUCGCCACAGGAAUCUUGUGAGCCUAAUUGGCGUUUGUUUGGAAGAACAAGAGAAAAUACUUGUGUAUGAAUUUAUGCCCAACAGAAGCCUUGAUACCAUUCUUUUUGAUGUUGAGAAACGCAAAGACCUAGAUUGGGGAAGGAGGUUCAAGAUUAUCAGUGGAGUUGCUAGGGGAUUACAAUAUCUCCACGAAGAUUCUCAAUUGAAGAUAGUUCACCGGGACCUGAAAGCAAGCAACAUUCUGUUGGACUUUGAUUACAACCCUAAGAUUUCUGAUUUUGGCUUGGCAAAGAUAUUUGGAGGGGAUCAAUCAGAAGAUGUCACUAGACGUAUUGCCGGGACAUAUGGAUACAUGUCGCCUGAAUAUGCCAUGCAUGGUCAAUACUCAGCAAAAUCGGAUGCGUUCAGCUUCGGCGUUUUGGUUUUGGAGAUCGUCACGGGAAGAAGAAACAACGGCUCCUGCAACUCCGAGCAAUAUGUUUAUCUCGUAAAUCUUGUAUGGGAACACUGGACCAGGGGAAAUGUCGUCGAGUUGAUCGAUCCAUCCCUUAGCGGCCAUCCUUCUCACGUUGACCAGGUGCUGAAAUGCAUCCGAACCGGGCUGCUGUGUGUGCAGAACAGACCUGAAGAUAGGCCGACAAUGUCGUCGGUAAAUGCCAUGCUUACCAGCCAGAGUGUCCGUCUCCCUUCUGUUUCCAUGCCAGCCUUCUGUGACAGAUUGAGUGGAUGCAGUGAUAAUUCAGAAUCGGAGUCUUCGAAUGGAAUGACCAUCACAAAGCUUGAGCCAAGAUGAGCCUUGAAGCAGUUGCUGAACCAGUUUGUACUAGUGUUACUUUACUAUCCCGUCCAUCCCAUAAUAUAAGAGCGUUUCUGACACUACACUAGUGUUGAAAAUGCUCUUAUAUUAUGGGACGGAGGGAGUAUCUCCUAGAGAUGAGCUUGAUGUACCUGGUGCUUAUGUUUCAUGGUUAUGAUGAAAAGUCUUAUGUGCCUCCAAGGUUAUCUUCAGUAUCAGUUUUGCUGUGAAGUGAGAUUAUGGUAUUUCUGCUGGAGAAAAUGUCAGUGGCAUUAUUAGCUGCGAUAUUUGGCUCAUACAAAUACAUGUAUCAAUAGUUAAUUUAGCAGCCUCUCCAUUUUGGCUAUCUUCUAAGAUUAGCUUUGGUUCUGUAAAAUUUCACUUGCAAUAUAGACAAGGUUUUCAUAUGGAUCUUGGUGGUUUUCUA